AUGGGUGCCGAUCGAAAAGGCCCGCCGUUACCUGCGCCUACAGAGACUGAUAGCACAACUGGCGGCACUGAGCUUGGGUCGAGGAUCACCGAGAAGAGCCAGUUUACCUUGCCAGAGGACGGAAGCCCUGUCACGAUAGCUACACGGCGCAAGAAGGGCGACAAGGACAGCCACGGCCUCAGCAACAACAAGUCGCAGACGUCUCUGCUAAUCGAAUACUUCGAAGGAGGAAAAGGUAGUCAAGCUGAUUCUCGACGGCCUUCUGUACGAGUUAAAGUUACACCAUCAUCUAAGAGUAAGCGUCGUUCUUCUAAUGACCACAUCCAAAUCACCGAACGAGGAAGUAACCGCAAACCCUCCUACACCAAACGGAUCCAUCUGUCGCCGAACGCCAGGAGCGAAAAAUCGAUAGUCGAAGGUGAUGGUGACGACAAUAGCAGCUUACACUCAUACCGAUCAGCUACCGAAGAGUCAAACGUCACAUCUCAAGGAGGUGGUCCGAUUGAGGUGGAGAUAAUGCCCAGACGACAUGGAAGUCCUCUGAUUCCCACUGCUGAGAGCAGCUCCAAAUAUGCGCCAGUCAAUGCAUCCGAAAUUUCGUCCAUGCCCACCGACAGCUUCCUCGAUGGCAAAUCGCAAUUGGCCGCAGGCGCUGGAGCUGGCUUGGUCACGAGCACUGUAGCUGAUAAACUGGGGACGCCAUCUCGCCGACGGAGUCGAAGUCUUAGCCGAGAACGCAUUGUAGCUCAGAAGGCUGCUGAGAAGGUUCGGAGCGACAAGACAGAACGGCGGCGCAAGCACAGUAGCAGAAGCCGUAGUGUGAGCGGAGAACAAUCAACAGAAAAUGUCAAGUCGCCCCGCAGAAGGUCAAGCCGAUCCCAUCAUGAAGAAAGCAUGGUCUCUGGCGCAGAUUCAAGUUUGCUGAACUCACACUUAAGUGGAAAAUCCGGUGAUGCAUACUCUUUCCGCUCCGGAACCUCAAAAUCAUCGAUCAACAACCCAAAACUCUUAGAAACCGUGGAGGAUGCCAUCCGGCGAUUGAUCCUGCCUGAACUGACUGCACUGAAGAGGGAGCAGAGCAAGCACCAAAGUCGUGACCGAGAUAGGGACCGCCGUGGGUCCAUCACUUCAGGUAGUGGGAUCUCCCGAGAUUCUAGAGACGAGACCUCAAGCAACAGACGACUGUCGGACCGCGGUAGUAACACAGAUCUCUCUGCUAGGCCAAAAGUCAUUCUGAAUGACAAUGAGGUUCUUUCUGGAAAUACUCUCAAAGGUCGCAAGGUCAGAAAUAUUGACCGCCUCAAGGCGGAAGAGGAUUCUUCAGGUAGCUUUGAGCGCGAGACCUCAGAAGAGACAGUCAUCCGGAAUGGCGAGAAAGUGCACAAGAAGGGCAGCAGCGAUGGGCACCGAGGCCUGAAAUCGGCAGCCGCUGGAGCUGGUCUUGGUGCGUUGACGAUAGCAGCUUUGCACAAGCACCAGUCAGAGGAGUCACUCGAGGACGAGCGGAGGGAACGUCGCAGGAGGAGAACUAAAAGUCGUAGCAGGAGCGACAGCUUGACGGAAAUCUAUGAGGAGCAAAAUAACGAGCCCAUGCCGCCAAUGCCAUUGAUGAGCGACAUUAAUCCUUCAGACAUCACCAGGACUUCCAUCUUGUCAGCGGAAACGGAGAGGCCCCAUUCGGCAAGCCAGGAGAGGGUUACCCAAAUCCGUCAAGUUUCUCGGGGCGUGGUAUCACCAACAUUGAGCACGCCUACGAGAACCCCAGUUGCUCUUUCAAAGGGUCUGGGGAUGCAGCAUUCAAACUUCUCUCGGGGAAAUCUCAGUCUCCACAGCCAGCCCAGCCAACAGCAUCUCCACGAAGAAGAAUUUGACCUUGAUGAACAUGGACGAAAGGUCCCCAUGGAGUAUUCGGACCGCGAUGAUUCUGUCGUCGACGAAGAUUACAAUGGUGGGUCUCCCACAGCGGCGGCUGGCCUGACUGGCGCUGCUGGCGCUAGUGCAUUUGGAGCAGCUACUAUGCAUCAUCAAAAUGACAACGAUGAUCAUGAGGAUUCAGAGCUUUUAGAGAAUGAUCACUAUAGCUACUACCAGAAUACCCAAGAAGUCCCCCCGCCUCUACGAUACGUCCCUUAUGCACAAGAGCGUCGUGGACUGAGCCCCAUACAGAGUGUUUCCGGCUACACAGAAGGCGACCCUGAUCUAAAUCAACGAGAUUCAAGAUUGACCCACAGCUCGGGCUCAUAUUCCUCACUGGGCAAGUCGCCUCAACACCGUCAAUCCGGCAUGUCUAUCAAGUCUCUUGACUCGCUGGGCAGCGCUCAUAGAAAUCGCCACGACUUUGCAGAAGUCAGACAAGGGGGACUCACUGAUUCUGAGCUCACUCAGGAUGGUGAGUACUGGGAGGAGCAACACCGUGAAAACGAUCGGGUCCGAGAUGUUGGCUCGCCCUCCAGCUAUCGCAGUUCUGAUCAUCACGUGGACUCUAAGCGUAUGACCACCUCGACUGAUAACAGCAUGUAUGCAUCGAGGUUGGAUCGUGGCUCCACCGGUCAGAGUGUCCGCGGCAUCGGAGCAAGCCCAGAUUAUGUUCACAUGCCUGUUUCUGUGGAAUCUGCAGUUGCUUCGUUAGUCAACCCAUCCGAACUCACUGGCGAAUCCGGGUUCUCUGGCAACAAUGGCCGGUACGACCGAAGAGCAUCAUAUGCUUCUUACGAAGAAGGUUCCGAGAGGCUCUUCACCAGUCGAGGGAACAGCCCAACCAAAGCUGACGCCACAACACAUCUCGAGUACGACGAAUCCGACAGAGGUACUUCGAGUCAACGCAACAGCCCCUCAAAAUGGGCUGAAGAGUACGAUGUUGACGAGUCGGGCCACAAGAUCGCAAUGCCAAAGUACAAAACCCACAAGGCAGAGAAAGCUAUUGCUGCGGGUGUAGCCGCUGUAGUCAUGGCUGGGCGCAGCAAAAAGUCCACCGCCGACCAGAUCAGAUUUGAAGACAGACUCGAGCAUACGGGAGCACCCCUGCACAUGUCGUUCAAGCAACGUACCAUGGAUGGCCAAGGGCAUAUCCCAUCUCCCCGCCACAGCAUUGAUGCACCCCUCAGCGAAGCUGCAAGCCACGAUCAACUCAAGCUAGGUACUAGUGGUCUCCCUGAUGUGCAUAAUCCGAUGCCCGAGAUUGGAUACGGAGAUGGAGAAUCAGAGGUCGAUACCAACCCGUCUAUCAUCCAAGGACCAAUUGGGGGAGUUGCGGAGACAAACAGAGAUCACUGGCCUGGGAAGCCUACACCCCCUCAAGCACACUUUGAAACUGCAUCAAACCAUAGCCGCGACUCCGAUGCCAACCUUAAAUCUGCUGAAGCCGCUCUCAUCGGUGCAGCUGUGGGUGCAGGAGGAGCCGCUGCUCUUGCAGGCCACAACCGAGAGGCCAGCAGGGACCACGACGAGGAGUGGCAGCGAACUUCUGGAGAACGAAAGCGUGAUACAGUCAUCACCAACCCGUAUGAAGGUACGAGUCCGAUUGCAGUCAUCGGAAAUGAUCUUGACCGCGACCUUCUUAGCCAGGCAGGAGGGCUGCAGGGGCUUGGCGGCAAUUUUGUCCCUACGAAGCUGGACUACCAAAGUGCCAGAGCAUCUCCAAAAGACGAGGGCUACAUCUCAUCUGCUCCCAAUGCUCGGUCUCCAGGUGAAGCUACGCCCGAGCAAAGAGCAAAGGGUGUCAACUUUCUCGACCAAGAUCUUGCAGGUGCUCGUGACAUGGCUGGCGAGGAUCCAUUCUACACCAGGAAGCAUGCCCGGCACCUCAGCGGCAUGUCUCAUGGCAUGGGAUCGCCAAUGUAUGACAGUGCCACGGGAAAUGGCAUCGAUCGUAUUCAGUCAAAAGACAUUGUUGCUUUGAUGGACCAUCUCACUGUUCGUGACGCCCAACGGAGCGCUCGGGAUACAGAAAUCCUGGUAACACUCGUCCGAGCCGCUGCGGAAAUGAGAAACUCGUUUGAGGACAUGAAGCGCCUGCUUGCUGAUUCCGAAGAUGUUAUCAUCACCGAGGUCCAAAGCAACACGGACAAAUCGGUUCAAAAGAUCAUCAAUGGCCCUAGACCGCAGCCACAGAGCGGACCACGGUCGCUCCGACGAGAAUCCCAGGACGAGAAUAUGUUCGAUGAUAUUCCGAACAAAAAGCGGAACGUGUUCAGGAGAGCUUUGAAGGGAUUGAGCAUGAAGAGCUCGAAUGAUCUUGGGAAAAUCGAGGAGAUGCUUGUUCAGUUACUGGGCGAAGUCGAGGGGCUUAAAGUCGCUCAGGGCCUCAAGGUCGACAGCCACCCUGGCGAAUCUUACGACGACCUCGGCCCAGAAGACAAUUAUGAUGAUCGGGGAUACGAACCCGAAGGUAAUGCUGGCACCUCCACUGCGAGCCACGCCAGCCGCUCCGGUCACUUUUCGAUUCCUAUUUCACGCCGGGCCAGUGCCAACAAGAUGUUUGACAACAGGAAAUUCUCAGACCAUCGUAUCAGCACAGUCCCUGAAGGCGACGAGGAAGAUAUGGACCCUCAUGAGCAAGCCGUUCCGGACAACCGAUUCGAAAACAACGAACAGUUGCUUAGCCCAACUCGAGAAGUCACUCGGGGCGGCUCAGUUCCUCUAGAAACGCCUCCCCAGCAAUACGCCGAGAAGCCUUCUUUGAGUAAUGAGAACACUCCAAGAACAGAAAAGAGUAAGAAGCAUAAGUCCAGCAGCUCUUCUGGCUGGAUUCCCAAGGUAUCUCGUUGGUCCAACACAACAGCUUCUACGGUUCUGCGCGGCUUCCGAAACAGUGGACGAAGUAGUGGACCUAAAGUAGAAGAGCAAGAGCAGUAUCCAGAGCGACCAUCGAGGUCUGGAUCUGACCUCGGCAACUACGCAGAGCAUGAUCCUUAUGGCGACGACAAACUUCCUUUGGGAAAGUCACAGGAACAAAUCAACCAACAGCAGUACGGAAAUCAGCAGCAAGAGCCUAUGUCACUCCUUCCCCCUGAGGACCCCAAAUACAAAGCUCAUAGAAACUCGCUCAACUUGCAGCAUCCUCAGCCACGAGUUGGCCCGACCCACCGAUACCAAACCGCUCUUGAGUCGCAGGCCCAGAACUUUGACUCACCCCUAUCUCCUAGAUCACUCGAUUGGGGUUCCCAGACCAGUCUGAACCGACUUCCACCUCAACAGACCAAUCGCUACAACGACGAUCACACCGGCCGAAUCUCCCCAGUAUCUGAUGGGGGAUAUUCACACGGUUCUGCGUCUAAUCAACCUCCUCAACGCCCACCCAAAGAACCGCUGACUCCUGAAGGAUCUUCACAUGUUCGGAUAAGCAAGUUUCAAAAGCCGAGCCCGUUAAGCAAGGAGCAUCUUCCAAUGGACGCCUACGAGCCAAGUAGCUCACCACGAUCUGCUUCAAGGUUGAUGCCCACAGGCGUUCCUCCCAGAAAGCCUACUGGCCCGCGAACCAUGAGCACAUCUCCUAGGAGCGGAGGCGAUCUCAACAGAGACGAAACUGUGAUUCGAAGAAACGCGAAGAGAGACACGUUUGGUAUGAUAGUGAGUAAAGAAAGCGGCGAGUCCGAAACCUUCUGA